AUGGGAAAUACCUUUGUGUACACCAGUUCUGAUUUUGGACGGCAGGAUGUGUACACCACCAUCAGUAGCUAUUUGACAGCCAGCUCUGGAGCCAGAUGCUAUAACUCCAGCAAUCCAGAACUCAACUCUGUCUCCUGGUUUGUCAAUAACAUCGGCAGCUUUGUGACUUUUAUCACUCUAGGUGAUUUCACCAGCUUUGGCUCCGCCUCUCAGACUCAGGUGUUCUUGGAGGACACAGCCAAUCUGGAGCUGUUCAACAACAUAAAUAUCUCAGCAGAUGUGAGAGACUACUACAUCGCACAGCUUUAUACAUUCAACCUAACCUUCAAGGUUCUCAAUCUCCCAGGAAUUUUGUUGUGCUCUCCUGACAUCCCAAGUUCAGAGUUUUCUUCUCUUAAUGAAGCUGACAUCAUGGUCAUCCUGGACAGGAGGAAGCAGUUCUGUGGCAAAACUGUAGACCCUGAGGUAAAUGCUGCUUUGACAUCCAACAUCAAAACCUUCACAGCGCAGACGUUUAUAAGUCUCGGGAGUGCCGUUACGAGCAUGACCAGCGUCCAGAUCACUUCCGUGUCCUCGUCUGUGCUGGUUGCCUCGUUACCCACUCUGGGAUCAGUGGCAAACUGGACUCAGGACAAGGCUGCAACCAUAAUCCAAACUAUCACCACCUCAGGCUACCAGAUAAACAAUGCAGUCUCCCUGGAAUCCAUCGGCACACUUAUUAUUGGAGUUCCUUCAGAUUCAAUAAAGAAAAUCCCAGCUUCUGAACUUCUCACCGCCUCUAAGAACCCCAUCGUUGUUUCCAACUUGAUAGAUGCUCCAAAAGUUCUUCAGGAGACAUUUGUCCAAAAGAUCAUUUCUGUGGACCCAAGUCCGGCCAAAGUGGUGGAGAAUGUCCCUGAUACCUUGGCAACUGUGAUCCCACCAUACAAGCUGAUAUUCCCUGAGGGAACUGCUAACAUCAACCUCAUUAACCAAAAAACAUGGACACAAGAUCAGUCCAUCAUGUUCCUUAUGACCCUGGCUGAAACAGACUAUGAUGCUGAGCAGCUUUCUCCAUCUGUGCUGCAAGGCUUCACGUGCACGUCAGUCCAGAAACUGACAAAAACUAAGAUCGGGCAGUUGAUCCGCUCCUGUAGGCCAAGGAACAGCAGAGCCAAGGUGGAACUGAAAGAGUCACAGCUGACCUGCAUGUACAACCUGCUCCAAGGAGAUCUCAGUCAGAGCUUCACAGAUUAUCCCUCAGACUUGCUUCUCUACUUCAGCAAUCAAAACAUCCAGAAAAGCAACUGCAGAUCCUACUUUUCUGCACUCGGUGCUGCAGACUUCACGGUGGCCUCCAGUGCAUUGAACAAGGCACAACAGCAGCUCAGUCAAGCCAGGUCCUGCUUGGGUAUAAAUAGCUUCACCCUGAGCAGUGACCACCUGGAGGUUCUGGGGAACAUGGUCUGCACUCUGGACAGUUCUUACAUUGAGAACUCAGAUCUCCUCAUCCUGGAAAAACUUAAAGUCUGCAAGGACUUCUCUGGCAGCCAAGUCGCUGCUAUGGAGAAGCUUCUGAUUUCUGGGAAAACAAAAUACGGAAAUGUUGCCAGCUGGAACCAACAAACACUAGAGAACCUUGGUAUUCUUCCUCUGUACCUAACAAGAAACUUCUGGAGUUACUUCAAGCCCACAACCAAGAAAACAUUCCUUAAAGGCUUUUUACCAACCCUAAGGAAAGAAAAGACUCAGAAGACGAAGCUCAAGACGCUGUUCAAACAGGUCACCUCUCUUGUUGUAAAGAGAGGAGCAGGCUGCACAGUGGGCAACAUCACUGAAGUUACCAUCAGCGACCCUUCCUUCCCCUUCGGCUAUGACCUGUCUCAGUUUGACCUCUGCCUGGACGUCCCUGUUCUGAAAGAAAACCUGAAUGCUAUCUGUGAGAAUGUGGAUGAUAACGACUACCAGACAGUCAUCCUGGGGAAACUCAACCAGGCAUACCCAUCAGGAGUUUCUGAUCAGGACGUCAAAUCGCUUGGUUCAGUGUCUCGUGUGGCAUCACUUGAGGACAUCUCUAAAUGGAACAUCACUAUUAUUGACACCCUGGCAGCUCUCAUGAAAACUGAAGAUGGACCCUGGGACCCAGCACAAAGCAAAGCGAUCAUCAUGAAGUACCUGAGUACCUCUGGGAACUCCCUGGGCAGCACUGAGCUGGACAUUAUUGACUCCAACCUGUGCUCAUUAGACCCCAGCACACUGAAGACCAUAACACCAGACAGUAUCAAGAAUGCCAUACUGCUGGAUGUGACAUCUUGUUCACUUGAGCAGAAGAUAAUCCUGUAUGAGAUCAGUAACAGCUCCUUCAGUUCACUGAAUGCCACCUCACAAGACAUUUACAACUUAAUUAAGGGCUACCUUGGAGGAGCCCCUCUGAUGGACAUCGUAGCAUUAUCAACACAGAACAUCAAUAUGGCAAUUGACAUCUUCCUGAGUUUGGAUAUUAAUGUGAUUACUGGUUUAACUGUAACCAACGUUCAAGGCCUCUUGGGUGAAAACUUGCCAGAUCUGAAGCUAUUUGAGAACAACGCUGUGAUACAAACCUGGGUGAAUUUGCAGCAACAAUCAGACCUGAACCGACUGGAUGUGGGACUCAUCAAUAAUAGGACAGAUUUGACUACAGCAGCACCUACAUCAAUCAACAUUGAAAAAAAUGCAACUACAUCAAUAAAAGAAUCAACAAAUGCUACAACAGGAAUUGAAGGGACAAUGUCCACAAGCAGCAGUGUGUCUGUUGCUGAAAUGUCUUCAACAAAUGCUGCAACCAACUCUGGAGCAUCAGUGUCAAAUGCUGGAACCAGCAAUGUGACAGGUCCAAUGCUGGAAUCAGCAAUGUGA